AUGGGACCAGAGGCCAAUUUAUUUAAGCGUGGUGAUAUUGUCGCAGUGAUAAUAGUGCCUGGGUGCGCCGAAGCUGACUGCUCUGAGUGUGUGAGUGGCCUGCCUCAGCUUUGCCGACAAGGGCCACGUUACGGAGGUGGACAAGAUGGAUUCUUUGCGCCAUAUGUCAAGGUCACUGAGAGAGCAGCCAUCAAGUUACCUCCAAAUGUCAGCGUGGCUGCGGGUGCAGUGGCAACCGAUGCUUGCAUGACGGCCUACCACGCCGUUGUUGGUCGUGCCCGCGUCACACGUGGUGAGACAGUUCUCAUCUUUGGUUUAGGUGGCCUAGGAUUCAACGCCUUGCAAAUUGCGCUCCAUCUAGGGGCACGAGUGAUUGUCUCGGAUAAGCGACAGGCUGUUUUGAAUGAAGCUAAACGCAUUGGUGUCAGAGAUGAAGAUAUAGUUUCUCCCGAUACUGAGGAAAUCGGUGAAUGGAUCCGAAACAGAGAAGUGCGAGUGGACAAAGCCAUCGACUUCGUUUCAGUACCAGCCACUUUUAGCGCGGCAACUGACAGUGUGCGCCUGGGCGGUACUGUUGUCAGUGUAGGACUUCUAAGCUCCGAGCUGAAUAUAGCAACUUCGAAGAUGGUCAGAAGGGAACUUACAAUCUUGGGAAGUUACGCCGGGACUAUUUCUGAUGUAAAGGCGUGUUUGGACUUGAUAUCUCAGGGCCACCUUGUCCCACAGGUGGAAGAAGGAAGUAUGGGAGAUUUCCCAACUAUCCUGGAAGAUUUACAUCAUGGAAAGUUCAAGGGUCGAAUAGUGCUGAUUCCAGACAACGAUGUCUAA